UUUUUCUCAGGGUCCCUAGAAAUUAUUGCAUUAUGUUAAAUGGGAUAAUUUCUAAGGACUCUGAAAAAAUAUUUUCUAGCGGCAACGCCGGGUAAGCCGGUAUUGCUGAUUAUAAGCGGGACGUCAGCAGGAAGACUGUUCUCCAUUUGUUGAUUAGAUCUUUGUAAACAUGAGUGUAUCCUAUAGGGAUUUUUAUUUUAUUGCCUUUUCUCCAUACUUCAUUUUUUAAAUAUAGCGGUUAUGUUCUUUAAUGUUAUUGUCAUCGUCAUUACGAAUCACGAAGACGCUUUUAUUUUUAUCGCAAUAUUUAAUGAAAAAUGACCGAGACCUACUUUGGAAAUCUUAGAAAAGUUGGAGCAAAUGUGGACGAAGAAAUAACUAAACUGCAAGAUAUAUGGAAUAUGCCCCAUGUCCUUCUCUGUAAUAACAAUGAGGAAACUCAAAAUAUUGCAAAACAAGUUGUAGAAAAUUUAAAAACAGAUCUUAAACAGCUCAAGGAUGAUAUUGAGGAAAGCAGAAAAUUUAUUAUUUCCCUUGAAGAAGCUUCUACACAAGAACUUGAAGAAAAAAUUGAAGAAGUAACCACUUUGGAAAAAGAAUUAGAAGAAAUCAAAGUAUUAUUUGUUGAAAAUGGAUAUGUUGAAGAAGCUAUUGAAAGUGAUUUUGUAGAUUUAAAUAAUCGAUUAAAAUCUCUUUCUUCUAACAAUAGUUCUUUGUUCAUCAACGAUGUUAGUGAUUUGAUAAAUUCACCCUUACUUGAAAACAAUUGUUUGAAUGAUUUUGAGAUAAGAGAAUCAAUUAAUUCAAAAACACCUAUUAAAAAUAUUUCUUAUGAUAAUAUAAGGAAACCAAUACCAAUAAAUGAACCACCAAUGGAGCCAAUAUAUUCUCCUUGUUAUUAUAAAAUUAUAAAGAAGUAGUUUAGAUAUUUUAUAUUUUCAAUAAUUGUACAUACAUACAUUUUAAUUUAUAAACAUAGCUAGAAAGUGUAUAUAAGCAAAUAAAUUCAUUACAAUACGAUCAUUGAUCAUUACUUUUAAUUAAUGCUAUUAUUUUAUUGCUAUUUUUUCAGAAGUAUAAUGAUUGCUAUUUAAAAUGAAAGCAGUACAUUUUGAAUUGUGCUGAAUGAUCAAUGAUAACCAGUAAGUGUAUCUCAAAUAUAAAAUUAAUAACAGUAAAGUGCCUGAAACUUAAUUAUUGUGAGAAGUUAAUA